GGGAGGAUUCUUGGAGCCCACAAUGGAGACUUGGCUUCCGGAGGUCUGGUGGGGCCUGAGACCCACAGUUCCAGUGUACAAUGCUAAGGCUGCUGGUGCACCGACCCGACUUUGGGGAAUGCUGGCAGGGAGACAGGGUGGUUCUGGGAUGGAAGACGGGCACGCACAUUUAUAGUUCAAGCUACAGUCUGCCGUAGAAAGGGAGCUGUGGGACAUGCUGGAGGCGAGAGGGGUAAUGAACGAAAGAGAUCACUGUUAGAGGGGGUCACAGGAAUGGGGUGAUGGAGAAUCGGAGAUGGAGAUGGAUUAAGAGGCUAUGAAUCCACUUUACAAAACCAAAAGCCCUUUGGAGGAGGUGAUCUCUUGCUGCUUGCCCCUCUUUUGGUGGUUUGAAGCUCUCCUGAAUCCUUGGGACAUCCCUCACCUUCCUGGCCCUCCUGCAGUGCCGAAGGCCUCCCAGCCCUGUGCUUUCUGCUUGUGGAGCCACAAAGCUACGAUGUCUCAGUGGCUGAAUGAGGGCAAUGUGUACAUCUGUGACCCUGUGAAGUAUUUCAAGGAUCAAGGGGAAUUUCAAACAAUGUUUGAUCACUAUCACAGACAAACUGUGUUCCUGCCCCCUUCCUGCUUGCUAGCUUUGGCGCAGGCUGUGGGCAGCUCCCGGGGGAUGUCACUCCCUGGCACAGCAAUCAGAGCACUGCACAGGCGCAGCCAUCGUGCCUCUGCUUCCCUGCAGCCUCCGUGCCCUCUGGCAAACAGGAAAAGCUUCAAGAACCUCUUUGCACAGCUGCAGCAAAACAGCCACCCGGAGCAGAGCUGUGAGCAACCCUAAGCCUGUGUACCAUACACUCUGUGCUUUGCACAGUGAAAAUCACUGAGGCUUUAGGAGAGAGUGAGAGGCCCAGGAGCCACAGCUUAAGAAAGCACCCCUGGAUUCUCAGAGGGCUUGUUCCUUCCCCAUUCUGGAACUAGAUGACAGGGGCAGAGGAGUCAGACAGGGAUUAAAAGAUCAGGUUUACUGCUGCGGAAGCUGCUUGGAGAAGCGUUGUGGGCCCAAGGCCAAUGUAGGUUUCUUGUGCCUUCCUCUGUGGAUUGAAUUUCUCAGCUCAACUCGGUUUCCCCUUAGCACAGGAGAGUGGCUAGAGACUGCAUAACCUGCUAGCGCUUGCAGCGUUUGGGACAGAUGUCUCCCAAAGAGAGAUUCACAAGUUUAAGCCCAGCCUGGGCCACUUAGCCUAUUCCCAAGAUCCUGUCUCAAAAACCAGUACCUAAGUGAGUAAAUAAACAAAAAAGAACUGAAGAUGUAGCUCAGUGUGAAGAUCUGAGUUCAAUUCUUAGUACAAAAAAAAAAAAAAAUCCAUUUUAAAAUUUUACUAUUUCUCUUCCAGUAAUACAUUUUAUACCAGUAUUUUUCCAAUUUAGCAUCCAGCCUGGACCACACUUGGGAUUUAGUUCAAUUUCCCUUCCUCCCUCCUCCUUUCUCUUUCUCUGUCUCCCUUCCACCCUUCCCUUCUUUCUGUUUUUUCAGGAUACUGACCCUUUUACAAUGUAGCCAGUUGUGUGGUAAAAACCUUUCCUCAAUUUGGGUUCGCUUGAUUGUUUCCUCAUGGUUAGAUUGUGUCAUUUUUCUUUUCUUUUGAAAUAAUUUAAAAUUUACAGAACAGUUGCCAGAAUUAUGUAGCAUUGUGUAACUUUCCAAUACAUUUGCAGUUAUCCUUAACUAGAGUCACCAAUUUUUUGGUCACAUUUUUGGUCACAAUUGUUUCACUGUUCAUCCCCGCCCCUUCCUUCCUUUAUCGGCCUGUGUAUGGGUGAAAGAGGUUUUUGUGAAAAUUCAAAUGAGUUAAGAGCAGGUGUCAUCUCUGAAGUGACAAUUUUUGAAUGUGGUCCUGGGGGAUAAAGAAGCUUGCCAGUUGGACAGAACUUGGAUGUGGGAAAGUGCAUUGCAACCAGAGGGUCAGCAGGCACAGGAUUUAGCUAGUGUGGAUUCGGGGUGGCUGGGGAAUGGCCCAUGUGACCCAUGUUUUGGAAUAACUAGGCUGGAGAAGAAGGGACCAGAAAAGCAUUUGGAACUUUACACUGUGUUAAGGAAUUGGGGUUUGUUCUACUGGAAAAAAGAAAAUGGUGAAGAUUUUUAUGCCACAGAUUGAUGAUACCAGACUUUUUUUUCUUGUUUGCCCUAAAAAAUGAGCUGUAGAACAAUUUGGAGGACAAAGGGAAGCCAAACCAGUGAAGUGAAUGGACAUCGUCUUGCCCCAGAAUGAUCUCUACAACACUUCCAACAAGGACUCAAAUCUAAAUCUUUCUGGAUUCAAAGCCCACAUUGCAAGAUGGGGCAGCUGGGCCAUGAGUCUCUCACCAGAGGCAGGAAAAUCCCUGGAGUGAGGCGAGUGCCAGCUCUACAGUAAAGGUACCGGAAAGACAGAGAGCAGGUCCUGGUGUUCACUCUUUCAGGAAGUCUUACAUGGAAGUAUGCUGCAUAAGCCAGAGGAAGGAAGGAUCCUGGCACAUAGGGCCUGAUUGUUGGCAGUGACAUUGAUAAGAGGCUGACGUGUUUAACCGCAGCUGUUCUAACCAGCUACUGUAUAAUCUGUCCUGGAAGUUGGACACUCAGAAUUUACUGUACUGUGAAGAGAAACUAUGCGUUUGUGUGGGUCAGCAAAACCAAAGAAUAAGAGCUAUGGCAGUUGAAAAGAUCUGUCUGAUUCCAAGGUAUUUUUCCUGGGUUUCAUCAUCAGGAACCUCCUCCCUUUCACCUUGGCAACAUUGCGGCACUUUUCAUUUGAGGAAGAUUAAAAGCAUGCUCUUUAGUCAACAAGUGGAAUUUAAAAGCAACCAGAACAGGGUCAGAGACUGUUUCAGUCACAGCUGAGGAAAAUGGAAUUUCAGUUUUACUUGGUGCCUUGUACGGGGAGUGCACUAACUCUUCUGGAAACAUCUGAGUGAGAAGAGGUUGAAUUUUGCCGAAUCAAAACUCAUGGUGAUGGCGAGUGACCCACCGUGAUUGGAGAGGGCAAGUGCCUCAAAGAACUCAUGACGGGUUAUGCCAUGUUGCGGAGUGGGGGUGCGGGGAAUGGAGGUCAGACCUGUAUGUUACGCUGGUCCAACCGCAUCCGGCUCACGUGGCUCAGUUUCACGCUCUUCAUCAUCCUGGUUUUCUUCCCCCUCAUUGCUCACUAUUAUCUUACCACUCUGGAUGAGGCAGACGAGGCAGGCAAGCGGAUUUUUGGCCCCCGGGCCGGCAGUGAGCUCUGUGAGGUGAAGCACGUGCUGGAUCUCUGCCGCAUCCGUGAGUCUGUGAGCGAGGAGCUCUUGCAGCUGGAAGCCAAGAGGCAGGAGCUGAACAGUGAGAUCGCCAGGCUGAACCUGAAGAUCGAAGCCUGUAAGAAAAGCAUUGAGAAUGCCAAGCAGGACUUGCUGCAGCUCAAGAAUGUCAUCAGCCAGACGGAGCAUUCUUACAAAGAGCUGAUGGCCCAGAAUCAGCCCAAACUCUCUCUGCCCAUCCGAUUGCUCCCCGAAAAGGACGAUGCUGGUCUUCCUCCUCCAAAGGCCAUGUCGGGUUGCCGGCUGCAUAACUGUUUUGAUUAUUCUCGCUGUCCUCUUACUUCUGGUUUUCCAGUGUAUGUUUAUGAUAGUGACCAGUUUGCUUUUGGCAACUACUUAGACCCUUUGGUUAAGCAGGCUUUUCAGGCAACCACACGCACUAACAUCUAUGUUACAGAGAAUGCAGAUGUUGCCUGUCUUUAUGUGAUUUUAGUGGGAGAGAUGCAGGAGCCAGUAGUGCUGCGGCCUGCUGACCUUGAGAAGCAGUUGCAUUCUCUUCCACAUUGGCGGACAGAUGGACACAACCAUGUCAUCAUCAAUCUAUCCCGAAAGUCAGACACCCAGAAUUUACUGUACAACGUGAGUACAGGCCGUGCCAUGGUGGCCCAGUCCACUUUCUAUGCUGCCCAGUACAGGGCUGGCUUUGACUUGGUAGUCUCUCCUCUAGUUCAUGCCAUGUCAGAACCUAACUUCAUGGAAAUCCCGCCACAGGUGCCAGUGAAGCGGAAGUAUCUCUUUACCUUCCAGGGUGAGAAGAUUGAAUCCCUGCGGUCCAGCCUUCAGGAGGCCCGCUCCUUUGAAGAAGAAAUGGAGGGGGACCCCCCUGCGGACUAUGACGAUCGGAUCAUUGCCACCCUUAAGGCAGUUCAGGACAGCAAGCUGGAUCAGGUCCUGGUAGAAUUUACCUGCAAAAACCAGCCAAAGCCAAGUCUGCCUACUGAGUGGGCACUGUGCGGGGAACGGGAGGACCGCCUAGAGCUGCUGAAGCUCUCCACCUUCGCCCUCAUCAUCACUCCUGGGGACCCUCGCCUGGUGAUUUCCUCUGGGUGUGCCACACGGCUCUUUGAAGCCCUGGAGGUUGGUGCUGUCCCGGUCGUGCUGGGGGAGCAAGUGCAACUUCCGUACCAAGACAUGCUGCAGUGGAACGAGGCGGCCCUGGUGGUGCCCAAGCCACGUGUUACGGAGGUUCACUUCUUGUUACGAAGUCUCUCUGACAGUGAUCUCCUGGCCAUGAGGCGCCAAGGCCGCUUUCUCUGGGAGACGUACUUUUCUACCACUGACAGUAUUUUUAAUACUGUGCUGGCUAUGAUUAGGACUCGCAUACAGAUCCCAGCUGCUCCCAUACGGGAAGAGGUAGCAGCUGAGAUCCCUCAUCGUUCAGGCAAGGCUGCUGGAACGGACCCCAACAUGGCAGACAAUGGGGACCUGGACCUGGGCCCAGUAGAGACCGAGCCACCCUACGCCUCCCCCAAAUACCUCCGCAACUUCACUCUCACCGUCACCGACUUCUACCGCAGCUGGAACUCAGCGCCAGGGCCUUUCCAUCUUUUCCCCCACACACCGUUUGACCCUGUGUUGCCCUCAGAGGCCAAGUUCUUGGGCUCAGGAACUGGAUUUCGGCCUAUUGGUGGCGGAGCUGGGGGGUCUGGCAAGGAGUUUCAGGCAGCACUUGGAGGCAACGUUCCCAGAGAGCAGUUCACAGUGGUGAUGUUGACUUAUGAGAGGGAGGAAGUGCUCAUGAACUCUCUGGAGAGACUGAAUGGUCUCCCCUACCUGAACAAGGUGGUGGUGGUAUGGAAUUCCCCCAAGCUACCCUCCGAGGACCUUCUGUGGCCCGACAUUGGAGUUCCCAUCAUGGUGGUCCGGACCGAGAAGAACAGUCUGAACAAUCGCUUCCUGCCCUGGAAUGAGAUCGAGACAGAGGCCAUCCUGUCCAUCGAUGAUGAUGCCCACCUCCGCCAUGAUGAGAUCAUGUUUGGCUUUCGGGUGUGGAGAGAAGCUCGGGACCGCAUCGUGGGCUUCCCUGGCCGGUACCAUGCGUGGGACCUCCCUCACCAGUCCUGGCUCUACAACUCCAACUACUCCUGUGAGCUGUCCAUGGUGCUGACGGGCGCUGCCUUCUUUCACAAGUAUUACGCCUACCUGUACUCUUACGUGAUGCCCCAGGCCAUCCGGGACAUGGUGGACGAAUACAUCAACUGUGAGGACAUCGCCAUGAACUUCCUCGUCUCCCACGUCACUCGGAAGCCGCCCAUCAAGGUGACCUCAAGGUGGACUUUCCGAUGCCCAGGGUGCCCUCAGGCUCUGUCUCAUGAUGACUCCCACUUCCACGAGCGGCACAAGUGCAUCAAUUUCUUUGUCAGGGUGUACGGCUACAUGCCCCUGCUGUACACCCAGUUCCGGGUGGACUCCGUGCUGUUCAAGACACGCCUGCCCCACGACAGGACCAAGUGCUUCAAGUUCAUCUAGGGGCGUUGCAGGCUGCAGGAAGGCGGCAGAGCGAGGGAGGUGGCUCCCAAGGUUCCAGGCGCCGAAGGCCCUUGGUGGCCCACACCUCUGCUAGGAGGGGCAGCAGGAGGAGUGGAGGGGAGGUAGCUGCCUUUGUCUUGAAGUCGGCCACACUGGGCCUGGAGCCCUCGUCAGCAGACCAGGGCUUCUACACAGGGCACUGACUGAUAUCGUACACUGAGGACUCGGGGACUUGGGAGAGUCACUUGUGAGUUCCUAAGCCCAGGACAACUGGUUUGUGGUUUUUAAAAUCAGUAUCGACUAUUAUUAUUUAAAAAGGAAGUUCCAGAUCUGCCAUUUGAGGCUUAUUUAUAUAAGUGUGCGUGUAUAUACAUAUAUGCAUAUAUAUACAUAUAUAUGCACACAUUCACACCCAUAUACAUCCAUAUAUAUACAAUAUAUAUGGUGAGGGAGUUGGAAGUCACUGCCUGUCUCUCCAGAGGAGGGACCCAGGCCCUCACGGUCCGUGUUUCAGUGGAGGUGGGUCCUGGCCAGUGCCAACUGGCUUCUGCUUUUCAUCUCCUUGCUUUUGGGGCAUCUGAUCCCUGAAACAGGAGAGGGAUGGACUUGGCCUCUUAGGGCUCUGUGGAUGAGACAAGCCCCCUUGGUCUGUGUCUGUCCCUGCAGUUGUCCACCUGUGACUUGGCUCUUCCUCCCUCAGGUGGCCUCGGGGAGGACCUGCUGCUCUGGGCGGUGCAUGGUCUUCCACAGCCUGGGGGUCGGGAGAGUUUAUUAGGCCGCACUGUCCAGGUACUUCACCCGCUCCCAUUCUCACGCUUGUUUGGGAGAGGAGAACAAGAGAGCGGAGUGAGUAGUACACUAGCUUUGGUGUCGGGCUCUUCGGCAGGUUUCCUCUCUGAUGGGUGAGCGGAAGCUUCGGGCUGUGCCGCCAGGUAGGCCCAGGGCCCUGCAGGCUGCGAGCGGUCCUUGGAGGCUCCUGCCCGCUGGCCGGGAAGGCACACAGGGGAGCUCCCUUGGGGAACCUCGCCUCCCCCUCUGCUGCCUGGGCCUCUACUGUUACCCGAGGCUUCGGACGCCCAAAUCUAGGCUGGCAGCAGCACCCCUGGGUUCUGGGGUUCGGAGUAUGCCAGGACGGUGGGAGGCCAAGCGUGCUGGGAAUUGCAGGCAUUGCACUCAUCUUGCCAUUUUCCUCUACUGGUUUGAAUUUCUGUUCCCUGGGGUGGAAGUGAAAUAAGCUCAUUUUGGUCUUGGUAGCAUAGGGAAACUAAGAGUUGCCGUUUGUCAGAAAUCUGGCCUCUGUUGACUUCUGUUUUUCUGAGCCCUACUUUCUUAAAGUAGAGCUGAGAAUAGUUUUCUAGAAACGGAACAAAAGCUCAGGUCUGUCCUGGUCAUGCACAUGCCUUAAGCCCGCCGUCUUCCCUGGACCUUGACACCUCCUGUCUGAAUGGCCCUUCCCUUGGGCUCCCCACUGUCUGGUGGGCCCAGGGACCCGAGUUACACUUCUCUGUGACUGGCUGAGGCUCCGUGCCCCCGCCCCUGCUCUCUACCUGCCCUUUCUUGACUUUGGACUUGAUUCUAAAGAGUAGCCUCCUUCCCUCAGGGGAGCUAAAGAGCGUGCUGUUCUGAGCUGUACCCGUGGCUGCUAUUUUAGGUUUCCUUUAAUGCGAAGAACUUGAUGCUGGCACAGUAGGCUGUGUGGGGAAGCAGACCCCAGGUCGGAGCCUCUCUUCUGGGGUUGGGUCAGGAGUUUCUGAGUAUCUGUCACUCAGUGGAUGCCAUCACUGUAUGCUGCAGGGUGGCUGUCACAUCGGGACAGGCAUGGAUGGCAUGAUCUGGACCUGCCAGGACAGGCACUAGCUUUAAGGACGCCAGAUGCAGGCCAUGGUAGACGUGACCGUGUGUCCUUAAGGACUUGCCUGGCACAGGAGAUGAACAGUGGGACAGUAUGUGUGGCCCUGUAGGUGCUUCUGGGAAUGAAAGCUGAUACUCCGCCAGGCGGGAUGGGGUGGCCCAGGGCCCUGGAUCUUGACACUGCUCACCAGGGGACACCAGCAGGGACUGACCCAGGAGAGCCACCCCCUGCCCCAUUCCCUGUUGUCCAUAGGUCACAGUCUGUCACCUGACCUCAGCUUUCCCUUGAGGACUGCUGGCUCCUACGUCGGGGAGAUGGAGGACAGGUCCUGUUUGGGGGGCAGGAGCAUUGUCCCCCAGCUGCCUGGUCUGAGGCACUCCUUGUAAGGGAGCGCUUUUCUGUCACACCACGUCUGUCACCCACCCUUCAACAUGAGCACAAUGGUCCUAUGUUGGAUUUUUGUAAAAAAACAAAAAAGAAAAAAAAAUAAAUGGAGACUUUAACUCAA